UAUGACCGAUUGACGACGAGGUUCAGGCUUUAUUAAGCUUAUAUGUGGAGGACGAAAUCCAGCGGGAACUGGAAAGUCAUGCUCAGUCCUACAUCACUGGACUAAUUUGCGUAAUCUUCAUGGUACUUUAGACCGCGAUGGAAACGCAGACAGCAACAGGUCCGGGGGGAAAAGUUCCUGGGACAAAUUUCUCUGGGUAAUUUCGGUGUAAACUCUGCUAAUGGCGACCCUAACAGAAGACAACACAAUCUUGCUAACCAUUUCCAGCAGCUGGAAAUAUUCCACUUACUUAGGCAUCAGCAGUUUCAUGCUGCUCUGUCACACAUCCUGUGAAACUCCAUAUUGUAGUCAUUUAUUGUCCUUCAGGUCAGCUGGACAACUUUUUAAAGGAGCUGAUUGUCUUCAGGAGUCUUCGGCAACUUCAACAUCCAUCUUCGCUGCAGAUUUUCACGCUUCUUUCCAUCUUCAGUGCUCACCACCACAGGUACUCAUGAAUCAGGCAACCAGCUUGACCUCAUCCACACACACAACUGUAUCAUUCGGGUUAAAUCUCUGCACAUUUCUGAUCAUUUGUUACUUUUAAGUUACAACUUCCUUCCGUACCACCAGCUUCUCUUCCAGUUUCAUCCAGACGAACCCUUGUAGAAAGUUACAGACCUGUCUCUCCUCCUAUUCAUAGCAAACAAUGUGUCAUCCUUUCACAGAACAGAUAACCAGUCAGGAUUUAAAAGCAGCCACUUAACCUUGCUGUCGGUCGCUGAAUCCCUACGGAUUGCGAAAGUUGAUCCCAAAUCUUCAGUUCCCAUUCUGCUAGAUUAUCUGCCACCUUCGACGCUGUUAACCAUCAGAUCCUUCUGUCCACCCUCUCAUCACUUGAACAACACUUUGCUGGUUUGAAUCUUACCCUUCAGGUCUGAAACGCAUCAUCUGGUCCCCGAGGUACCCCAGGGUUCAGUGUUUGGACCUCUCCUCUUCUCCAUAUACACUACAUCACUGGGACCUAUUAUACAGGCACAUGGUUUCUCCUGCCAUUGCUAUGCUGAUGAAACACAUCUCUACUUUUUAUUUCAAACAGACGAUCCCACAGUAGCUUCACGGAUCUCAGACCAUCUGGCGGAUAUUUCGCCAUGGAUGGAAAAACAUCACCUACAGCUCAACCUAGUGAAGACGGAGGUUCUAGUCUUCCCAGCCACCCCCUAUCAGUACGGCACAACUUUACCAUCUAGCUAGGUUCGUCGACAAGUUUUGUGUGCAAUCUUGGGGUAAUCUUUGAUGACCAGCUGACCUUCAAAGACCACAUCGCAAGGACAGCACAAUCAUGCAGGUUUGCAUUGCAAAACAUCAGGAAGAUCAACACUUUUCUAACAGAGCAACUUCUCAUCCAUGCCCUUGUUAUUUCUGGACUGGACUAUUGCAGUGCUCUUCUGGCUGGACUUCCAGCAUGAGCAGUCAAACCUCUUCAACAGAGAGGCACAAAAUCACUUUCCAGAACCUUCUCAUUCACUGUUCCUCACUGGUGAAUGAUCUUCCCAAACCUAUCCGGACAGAAUCCCUGAAAUGUUCAAGAAACAGCCGAAAAGUCAUCUCUUCUGCAAGCACUUACUUCUUCCCUGCUUCCACUGUUUCUCAAACCCUCCCUGUUCUAGCUUGACCUAUUGAAGCUUCUAUCAGUUCUUGUGUUUAUUGCCUCUGUAAGAAGAAUCGGCUGCUGUAUGUCGCUUACAGAUGAGGAAAUGCUGUUCUUCAUCAUCAUGAGUUCUGUGUGCAGCUGCUCGUGUCUGAAUGUGACCCUGCUGCACUGCAGAGGCUGAGCAGACCUGAGGAGUCGAGCUCAGAUCUGACGGGGUUUAUCCUGCGUUUGGAUGGAGGAGGUUCAGUACACACACACACACACACACACACACACACACACACACACAGUGAGUGAACACUCGUCUGCUGCCUCCUGCUCUCAGUGUUUUAUAUCAGUAAUGAAUCACAGCCCCCCCCUCCCCAUACGUGCUGCGUCAGUGUGUGUGACGCUCCUGUGUGAGUGUGUGUGAGUGUGUGAGUGUGUGUGAGUGUGUUUGCAUUCUGAAUGGAUCCUCAGCCGGUUGGAAUCAGCAGCGUCUCUGUGCACAGAGGUGACUAUGAGGACGCGUCUCUCUGCGUUAUUCUUUCACACCAUGAUCUGGGCCAGCACAGCAGCAUUUGACCCCGCCCCCAAAAUUGACGGACAGCAGACCUCGUCAGUCACCGUACAGGAGAACAUCACUCACCAGUUCAGCUGCCAAUCAGAGGGCUGGAAUCCUCAAGCCCCGCCCCUGCUGACCUGGUACCUGAACGGGGAGAGGCAGAGCGAGGUGACGGGCAGCCGGGGGGCGGGGCGUCUGGUUAUGACAUCACCAGGGGAUUCCAGAGUGCUUAAAUACGGAUCCGAGCGCAACAGCACGUUCACACUCAAACCCAAGCGCUGGGACCGAGAGCUGGUGUGUGCGGCGCGAAACCCUGCCGGAGGAGAGAGUUACAACGCCACCGUCACGCUCAACGUCCAGUUCCAGCCGGAGAUCCUGCGUGUGGACGCCCAUUACAGCGAGACCUCUGACCCCGGCCUCUCCCUGAUCCUCUUCGCUUUGGUUCGGUCCAACCCCCCCGCCACCAUCACGUGGGUGGAUCGGUCCGGUCAGCUGCUGGCCAACAGCUCCGACUUCCUCAUCCUGGACUCACGGAGCUUCCCGUGGCUGGCCAAUCACAGCCUACAGGUCACUCUGAGCAGCCUAUCAGGAAACAUCUCUGUGAACGCCAACAAUAGCCUCGGCUCCGCCCACAGCAACCUCACGCUCACAGAGUUCCUGCAGUCGCGGGUGGAGGUGCCGAUGUUUGGGAUAGUGACGGGAGGCGUCGCCGGCUUCAUCACCCUCCUCAUCUUCACCCUGAUGGUGUUCUUCCUCCUACAGAAGGACAAAAGCAAAGCCGUCGAGGAGCCCGUCGCCGUUCAUCUGUCCUCCCAACGUCAUGACAUGGUGAAGGUCCAGGUGAACGGCGUGUAUCUGCCCAGAGAGAACAUGUCCUUACCGUCACACGUGCAGCUGAACGAUGACCGGACGCUCUGUAAGGGGCGGCAGAUCUCCAGACCCAACACACUGGAGAGGAGACGCGCGGACGAGGAAGAGGAGGAUCUGUCUGCGGCCUAUGCUGCUCGAGGUUUCGCUCGCUAUCCGAUGGUGGGAUACAUCUAUAAAGUGAGCAGCACCAGCAGCGACGAGAUCUGGCUCUGAACAUCUGACCUCUGACCUCUGACCUCACGCCUGAUCCACCUGACGCCUGUAAGGUCAACAUGACAGCGGGCAGAACGUGAUUCGGUUUCAUCGUUCUUAUAAAUCAAACGUCAGGUGACAGGCAGACUGCUUUGUCCUGGUGAAGAACUACACUACCCAUAAUCCACUGUUCAGCGAAUCCACUGUUACUAUGGAAACGGGGACGUUUUUCACCCCAGACUAGCUAGGGGUCAGUAACGAACAUUAGUUAAUUGCAGUGCUGCUCUUACAAUCAGAGAAAGUCCUUGAAAAGACCAAAACAGUGAGAGUGCUUCAUGGGAUCUGUAGUUCAUUCGCUCCUGUUCAUUAACGGACUCCACACUGUACUGACUGUAAAUAUGUGCUUUCAUCAGUAUUUACCCAGAGUUCUUUGCUGCUAUAGGAAUGCUACAUCAUAUCUGUGUAAUAUAAAUGAAUGUUCACUAAAUCUGCAGAUGUUGUGAAAUACGUAUAAAUGAACAGAAGUUUAAGAGUAUUCUUGCUGUGUAUGUAAAUAUGUGUAAAGCUGAUUAUGAAGAGGUCCAGCAGGAGGCGCUCUAGUUUAACUGCAGCUGUACCUGAGAUUAACUGCUGCUGCUGAAUUAUUAUUAUUAAUAUUAAUAUUCUCUCUCUUGCUUGUGAAAGUUGCUGUAUCAGUUCUAUGAUGAAAAUACCUCAAUAAAGUCUGGAGAAACAUCA